AUGUUGCCUAAAUUACAUGACAGCAUUCCAGAUAAUUCGAGUUUUGCGAACGAUCUUCCAGCUGUACGUUUGAUCAAACUUUUAUCCAAGGAAUCAUUAUCGUCACGACUAGCUAUACAAAUAACAACAGAUCAGUUUAUUAUUUUUCUCGAUUAUGAAGUUAUUAGUGAAACAUCAUCAAUUGAUGAAGCUUUAUGUAUUGUUAUUUCAUUAUAUGUUAUAUUUGAAUUACAAUUUGAAGAUCAAGAAGGUGGUGAUAUGAUAACAACGAAAUCAACAAAUUCAAAAACUCUUACAGCUACAGUCGAAAGUUUGACACAAGUCGAAGAUAGUCAAACUGAUGAUUUAUCAGUUGUUAUUCAAGCUCAAUUAAAUUUUUCAUUUAUAUUUAGGUUUACUCAAACAAUGAUUUUAUAUGAUGAACCAAAAAAAAGAGCUAAAAGUUGA